ACACACACACACACGCACACACACACACACACACACACACACACACACACACAGUGCUCUGUGUUUAUUCAGAGUGUGUCUGUGUUUUGAUAUGGACAAAAGAGAGCACACAGGACAGUGACCACGUUUGGGGAAAAAAAAAGACACAGUGAAUGAAAGCUACAAAUCCAGGGAUCUAUUGAUUCCAGUGGAAGUUUGCACUUGCAACCGAAUACAUGUCUUUGGGAACAAAAAGCAGAUGUUUUUAAAAACCAUACACUUACAAUCGUAAGCCUUGUUUUAUUCAUUUUCAGUGCUUCUGUUAGAGACUCUCUCAAGCAACACUAAGUGAUGUUUUUUAGUCGGCGUUAGUCAUAUUCUCCUCUGAAGAAAUCGAAUGGUGUUCUCAAUGCCUCGCUGUGUUUAGUCCAGUGCAGGUCAGCAUCAGUGGACUUGUGCUUUUCUGGGGACUCAGUCCCUUUCUUCCUCCCCGCUCGCGUGCUGACGGCUGACUGGCCCCGCUGGGCUGCCCUUGCGAGGUCGAGCACAGCUCUCCAAGAGCAGAAGCAGCAGCAGCAGCAGCAGCAGCAGCAGCAGCAGCAUUCAUUAGGAUCAGAUGGACCCACAGCCUGACAGGAGCAGGGGUGGGUAAGCCUGGCUGAGGCGGAGGCCACUGGAGACACACGACUCUUCUCUGUGAUGGCUGUCUCGACUGAUCUUGACUGGACUGCAGGGGUGACUUUGUUUGCGCUGGAAAUCUCUUUUGAUCAAGAGUCAGCAACACAACCCACGUAGCUUUUCAACAAUGACUGACUGGAAGAAUCCAGGUGCUCCUCCGUUCUCUUUUUCUUUUUGCGCUCUUCUGUUUUUGUCUCCCCCUGAGGUCUGCAUUGAUUUUGGGUUAUUGUUCAACUGAUUGAGCCCCAGCUAUGUGAGUGAGUGAGGGAGAAGAUUGAGCUGUUUGCUAAAAAAGAUUACCCCGCCGACAAGGCCAGAUCUUUCUCCAGUUACUUGCCACCUAUACACAAACUGUGUGUCAGAGUGAGUGUGUGUGUGUGUGUGUGUGUGUGUCCAGCACAGCACAAAACCAAGUCACCCUCCUGGGGCAGGACGAGGCCAACCUCGCACAACAAUGAACCAGUCAGGGCUCGUCGAACUGGCGCCCACUGAAAAUAGCAGCAUUGUUCGAGCCGUCGGCAUCGGCGGCCUAAACCACUCCUGUCCACUGGGCUGGGGCUUGAUCGAGGGUGCGGAGGCCUGCGUGUUGGAAACGGCCGUCAUCGUGCUGCUGACCGUACUCAUCAUCGCCGGCAACGUGACGGUCAUCUUCGUGUUCCACUGCGCCCCGCUGCUGCACCACUACACGACCAGCUACUUCAUCCAGACCAUGGCGUACGCCGACCUGCUGGUGGGACUGAGCUGCCUGGUGCCCACGCUCUCCCUGCUGCACCACCCCACGGGCGUCACGGAGCCCCUCACCUGCCAGGUGUUCAGCUACGUCAUCUCCGUGCUCAAGAGCGUCUCCAUGGCGUGCCUGGCGGGGAUCAGCGUCGACCGGUACCUCGCCAUCACCAAGCCGCUGUCCUACAACCAGCUGGUGACGCCGUGUCGUCUGCGCGGCUGCAUCGCGCUCAUAUGGCUCUACUCCUGCGCCGUGUUUCUGCCCUCUUUCUUCGGGUGGGGAAAGCCGGGUUACCACGGAGACAUCUUCGAGUGGUGCGCCCAGGCGUGGCCUACCUCGGCGCUCUUCACGGGCUUCGUGGUGUGCCUGCUCUACGCCCCCGCCGCCCUGGUGGUGUGCUUCACCUACUUCCACAUCUUCCGUAUUUGCCAGCAGCACAACCGGGAGAUCAACGAGCGGCGCGCCCGCUUCCCCAGCCAGGAGAUGGAGCCCGGGGCGGAGGGCGGCGGCAGCGGCGGCGGCGGCAGCAGGGGACAGCACGCGGGUCACGGACCGGACAGACGCUACGCCAUGGUUCUCUUUCGAAUCACAAGUGUCUUCUACGCUCUCUGGCUGCCCUAUAUCAUUUACUUUCUCUUGGAGAGCUCCCACGUGCUGGACAGCCCAGCUCUGUCCUUCAUCACCACCUGGCUCGCCAUUAGCAACAGCUUCUGUAACUGCGUCAUCUACAGCCUCUCCAACAGUGUGUUCCGCCUGGGCAUGCGUCGCCUGUCACAGACACUGUGCUCCUUCAGCCGCUGUGCAGAUGAUGGGAAGGAGUUUGGAGAACCUAAACCCAGGAAGAGAGCCAACUCCUGCUCCAUCUAAGAAGCCUGGGAAGCGUGAGAGUCUGGAGAAAUAGAUCCUAUGGAAGAGUUUGGGAAGAAAAUCAAGCUGCUACAUGUCAAGGUCAUUACAGCUGCUCCAAAGAAGGAGAGUUUGGCUCUAAGGAUUUGUUGGGAAAUGGUCUGCAUCUGCCAAUUCCACACCUGUUCCUAACCGCAGUUUUGCAUGAAGCACAUUUUGUUGGUAUUGAUGUCAGGAGAAGUGUACCCACAUGCACGGGACAAAAUGGCCUCUUUUCUGCUCUGUGUAAAUAACUAUGGCAGCAGGUGACCAUGACCAGUUGGAUAAGCAAUCGUUUCCAGUCUCCACGGUCUACAGGAUGUUAGCAAACACAACAAGGGAAGGUCAUACCCUUGGGUCAGGCCCAAACAGUAAAAACCAGUCAACUUUUAAGGCCUUUGACAACUUGUGUCAUAAAGUUGAUGACAAAGCUAGGGGUUAAUGCAUGCAGAUCUAAAGACCUUGGUCAGUACAGUGGAGUGGUUGGAUUGGACCUUCCCCAGCAGCAUUCUAUUACGGAUACUUCAAGAGAGCUGCUCCAGCAGCCUUGUCCUGGAAGGCACCUGUGCAGUCUAUGUCAAUAGCCUUGCCCAGCUUUGUAUCCACAUCACUGGUGAAUAUCAUUCCCUCUGCAGGAUUUUGUAGCAGACGUACAGAUCUGCAUAUGAACAGAUCUAGCAGUGGUAGGGAUGCAUGUGUAGAAGAGUUGGCAAACCGUUCAGAAGUGUUUUAAAAUUUCCUCUGAGAAAAUAUUAUCCAUCUGGAUUUCGUCAGAUAGCCCCUUACAGCCGUAGUUUUUUUUUUAUAUUCCUGUGUUUUGACUCAUCCUGUGUUUCAAUGAAUGGACCACCACGACCAUGAGAACAUAGCUGAUAGAAUAGCUCCCUCGGGGACUGCAGGUGUGUCAUUCCGUGCAUAUGCUGCCUGUGGGUUUCUUGUUUCCCUCAGUGGAGGUGAUGCGACAGUCACACAGAUUUUUUGACAUGGCCUGGCCUGUGAUAACUGUUCUGAGCUCACUCACCUUACACUGUCUCAUCCUGUAACGUCUCAACUGUUUGCCAUGAGAUCCAUUUGCCUGCAGUCUGUGAAGUCAGUAUCACACAAAUGAGCCGAUUUAGUUCUGCUUUGUCAAACUGACUUUAAAAGUUCACAGAAGAAGGCAUUGUGCUUCAUGUCGCUAAAACUCAUUUUUUCUUGUAUUUCCUACCUGGAAAAUCCUCUGUUGGCUGUUUAGCUUUGGUCUGUAUUGUAUAUGUGCCUAACAUGAUUUUAGCGCUAGCUACUUCCUGCUUUGUGUGUAUGAAGCGUCGUGCAUUCUAUUGGGGCAUGACAAUUUGUGUGUGUCUCAACCCAGCCACGGAUUUAAGCGAUGUCAUUGGCUGGCCUCAAACCAAGCCACGGAUUUAAGCGAUGUCAUUGGCUGGCCUCAAACCAAGCGGUGUUGCCUCUCAGAAGCCUCUUGACAGGGGCCUUUCACGUGAACUCAGAAAAAAUGGGUUUCUUAUGUGCUUUAGUGCUUUUUAAAUGUAUUUUUCCUAUUUGUUUUUUCUUAUCAAAGUCAUUAUUUUGGUAAAAAGAACACAUAUUUGAUUUAUACUCUGUGGAUUUAGCUGCUUAAUCAAAACAACUUGACUGUAGAAGAAGAAAAAAAAUGAAAUAGCAUCUUAUUCUGUGUUUUUAUAGAAAUCUGCAGUUUGUGCAUCUGUUCAUUCUUAGACAGAUGAGUUCGUGUGUGGCAUUUUUGGCUCAAUCCAAGAAUUGGGUGGUUGAACACAUUAAAGAACUUCUGAUAAAAAGGAAUCUUAUCGAUUAGAGGAGGACGGGUUAUUCAGUCUAGUUUCCUUGUACAGAUAGAACAUGUGAUACCUCUUCUGUUUUUAUUAAAUUAACACAAUUAAAUGAAAAUGCUUCAGGUUUUGAACUAGUGACUUAAUGACAGUUUGAGUGCUUGUCAAAUAAGUUGUACAUUGCAAUCAGUUAACCGAGCUCUCGCAUUCCAAACCGUCACUGGUGGGUGUGUGUGAAACCUUAUAGAAUAGGAUCUUUUUAUUGAAGAACACUGUGCUCUUCUCUGAGUUUGUGGAUAUAUUUCGUGAAACAUUUCCGCCAAAGAAAAGAAUCGGAGAUGGAAUGACAAAACUGAUUUUGGUGAGAAAACUGAUUAAGUGACGUGUAAAAGAAGCAAAGUGCAUUGAUUUAGAAUAUCUUUUUUAUGUCCUAAAAAUGAAGAAAAUAAAUGAUGUGUAUUUAUUUAUUUGACUGUUUUUAAAAUGGAUAUGGUAUUUGUGAAAUAGGAGUACAUUUGUGUACCUGUGUUCACUUGCGCUGUACAGCCAAUGUAUGUUCUAACAGAAACAAUCUGACCCAAUCUCUGUCAAUCAUGGCACAUUCCUGUGUGUAUACUGAACUAGACUGCUGCUGUAACCGUAGAGUAAGCUGUCCUUUUGACUAGGAUACAAAACAAUAAAUGACACAGUAUAUAUUUUUUUAUUUCUGAGAUUUUGUGAAAGGUAAUGGUUAUUGCUGUUGCUGCCAAUACAAUAAAAGUGAACAACUGGAAA